UGGACAUGUUCACCAAAAUAAUCAUUCACCUAAGUUAUUUAUAGAUAUCUACUUUGUUAACUAUAUAAACAUAUUCUCAUAAAAAAAUAGGUACAAAUAAUUACAGGCGAUAUAUAAAAAAGCAUGUGGGACAACGUAAACAAAAUAACACUAACGAAACCAAACUUUAUUUCGGUUUGAUAACUUCUAAAAAGGACCAACCAAGAUUCGAACCAAACCGGACCCAAAAAAGAACCCCCACAAAAGGCUGUUUUGGCUCAAGCAUCCUAUAAAUACAUCCCAAAACCCAUCUCAUAAACACAUCAAAUUAAUUACACACAACCUUACAAAAUUUACAUUUCUUUUCCUUUAAUCUAAAUUGCUGUUCUUGUCCUGUCUCUCAUGGGAGGUCAUAGCAGAAAGAAGUUCUCGCUCUUUAGCUUCUUUAAAGCAAGAAGAUCGUCUCAUCAUAGAGUUGAAGCUGAUGCAUCAUGGGACGAUGUCGUUUACACAAGAAAGGCAUGGGCCAGCGACGAGGACAAGCGUUAUUGGGUGGCUGAGCCAGGUAUUGACCGUAAAGCUUCGGCCUUCAUCGCCAAGUUCCAUGCCUCUCGUGUCUCUGAAUCCGAACGCCAAACUCUCCCUCCUUGUCAAUCUCAUCAUGACUAGUCAUCAUCGUCCUAAUCACCAUGAUCAUGAUGAUGAUGAAUGAAAGAAGGCCUAGGGGAUGAUUUAGUUUGGUUUCUAUGUAUAUGUCUUUGCUUUUUUGUUUGUGUUAAUGAUUAUCCUUACGAUGAUUUGUUUAUAAAAUGUCUUAUAUGUAGUUUAAAAUCAUUCUCUACAUUAGUAUCUUAAAUGAA